AUGGCUCCCCCAGAUACAUCAGCAACUUCAUCAAAGAAGGCAAACCAAUCCUGUUCUAAAACACCUAAAUCAUCACAAACAAAAAAGAACAAGAAGGAAUCACAACCUACGUCAACUUCAACACCGCGACAGCCAGAUGAGAUAGAAGAAGCCGAUACAACAGUACCAGUAAAGUCAUUCACACCAAAACAAAAGCAAAAAAGAGCCGAACCGUCAGAAGAUAACGCUGCCGACGAUGCCGACGAUGCCGAGAGCGUCUAUCUAUCGUCAGACGAAGAGACUUCAUCAGAAGAAGACUCUUCGGACUACGACUCAGACUCAGACGGAAGUGUGGAAGACCUACCUCCUCGACAACUAGCAAGAAGGUCAACAGACCGAGGUGUCAAAACCACACCAGGUUCUCCAUUCACAAUCACGCAGACUCGAAGCGAAACUACACGUUGGAUAACAACCCAGAACAACGGUGGCAUGACGCGCGGUACAAGGAGUUAUAGUGAGCAGACGACGAUGCAUGGCCACAACACUAAUGGGCCACAGCGAGCGCCCAUGAACAGGAACAGUGUCAGCUUCAACAUGAGUAUCAAUGUCGAUAUGUCGUUCAACGGCCUUGUAACAGGUCGAAAUCUGGGAUUCUCGGGGGGAUCACUAUCGUAUGCAUGGAAUCGACGCAACACACAAGGGGGUUGA